CCGCCAUAUCGAAUUCUGGUCGUUUUGUGAUGAGCUCCUUAGGCUGUGAACUCUUCAAGAUGAGAAUGCUUCAAGGAUUUUUGCUUCGCAAGAGGAAAACAUUUCCAUGUGCUCCGGAGAGCAAGCACACCUUUUCGUUGAGCACGAAGAGAUCAUCCACCAAUAGUAGCGCGCGCUUCUUACCCACGUGAUCCGUCCCCGCCAAUCGCGAAGCGCCUUUUUCAAAAUUUCUCGGGCCUUUGUCCUGUCUGUGCAACGAAUAUUUGCUCGAUCUUCAGGGAUAACCGGUGUGCCUCCGGAUGAUCUAAAUGUGUCAAUUUACUUCGAGCAAUGCUGUAAAUAUCGUCCUCUGUACUCGCCCGUUUAUGGCGGCAGCCAGCGUGACCACGAAAUCAAGGUGAAGCUUAAGGGAAAGAAAAAAAGAAAAGAAACAGCACUGCCAACACGAAACGCACAAUCAUGGAGCUGUACGAAGAUGCCUUUAAGCUCCAAGAAAUGAUAGAGUCCGACAUACAGUCGGAGCUGGACAGCUUCGUGAACGCCAACGGAAUGGACCUGGGCUCCGACCUCGGCGACCUGCCAAACAUGGGUUCCGUCGACAGCUUGGACUCCCUGGAUUCGAACCUCGCUCCCGACGCGUCCGUGUGGCUGGAAUCGCACGGCAUCUCCUUAAUCUCGGAUCUAGACGGGCUCGAAGGCCUACUGGUCAAUCCCCAGACGGGGCUGCCCACGCACCAGCUCCAGGCAACGGCACCGUCGAUGGCGCCGGUGUCCCAGACGACCGUGGUGAACGUUACGGUGUCGUCCGUCGCACCCGUGACGGUGAAAGAGGAGAACGUCGGCUCGGUGACGUACAUGACGGCACCGUCUUCGCUGCUUCCCACGCCCUCGCCGAGGCAGCAGAGUGUUGACGAGGACAAGAUGUACCCUAAACCGGCCUAUUCUUACUCCUGUCUCAUAGCCAUGGCCCUGAAAAACAGCCAGACCGGGAGUUUACCGGUCAACGAGAUUUACAAUUUCAUGCUAGAAAACUUCCCCUACUUCCGAACGGCUCCCAACGGGUGGAAAAAUUCUGUUCGGCACAACCUGUCGCUCAACAAGUGCUUUGAGAAGAUUGAGAAACCCGGCAGCGGCGGAGGACAGCGCAAGGGAUGUUUGUGGGCCAUGAACCCCGCGAAAGUCCACAAGAUGGCCGAGGAGGUCCUCAAGUGGUCCAAGAAAGAUCCCAUCGCAAUCCGACGGAGCAUGGCCAACCCCGAACGCCUGGAACUGCUUGAGCGUGGAUGUUUCAGUGCUCCCAAGUUGAUGGACGGGGUCCCCGUAGAGAUCAUGGCUCCGGACUCAUCCGUCUCGGAUGAGGAUGAUGAAGAUGACCUUCCGGCCGACUGACAACGGAGGCCCCCGCUCACACUCCUUCCCCUAGUCAUGUUGCGUGUGUGUACAUAGGAUAUCAUCUCUUUCGUUUUAGCUGAUUGGCCCUCGACGGUCGAGCAACCCUGUACAUAGGGUGUCCUUUUGUCUUUCUGGGUAUCGGUUUCUUUUAGAUUGAAGUUCCCUGCUUUUUAUCUGUGCUUGCAAGUGUUUUCUUUUUUUAAAAAUUUUUAAUUUUUAAUUUUUUAUUUUGUUUUUAUGUAGACGUACGAAAAUUGUGUUCAGUUUGAGGGCAGCGAAACAUUUUUUAGACGUGAAUUUGGUCAGCACCAGGUGCAUCUUUUACACGUGCAUCAUUUUGAACAAGAGCAAUAUGUGGUACUUUCUGUUACAUAUUAUUACAUUGUCCAAUUUGUUUCAUACGAGCAGCGUGCAUGGUGUUUCAUGUGUGUGGAGUUGCAUUCCAGUUUUUAAGGAUUCAGCGUUAAUGAGCAUGUAAAACUCCUUUUUCUUCUAAUUAAGCCUUUCAGCUGAUGAAUAUUCAGCUUGUUGAAUGAGUUUGGGGAUCUCAUUCGCUACUGCUCUGACAAGAAAAGUUUUUGAAAAAAAAAAGACACAACAUUAAUAAGAAAUGGGCUCUGUGCUGUGGUAUGAUACCUAAUGCUUGUGGAUCAUCAUUCCCAUAAUUUGUUAAUGACUUUAUUUGUGAAUGUCAUUUGCUGGAAAUGACAUUCUAUUUCCUAUGUGACAGGGGUGUAAGAGAAAUCUUGAAAAACAUUGAGUGUUGCGACCACCUUCUCUGACAGAGGGAACAGCUCAAGGUAGCUAUCGUCCCACCAUAUCCAUCGUGUGCAUUUAAUAUUCUCGCAUCAUCAUCAUGUUGAUGUUCAACAUCGCUCCUCAUUGCUUUCAUUCCCAUGGCAUCGUCACAGACCACGUUCCAGUCACAUGUUUUGUGGCAAGCUGUGAUAGGGUUAGAUCUCAGUACAUUUUCUACGGCACAUUGUAGUGGGGCCAGUCAAUGAUCGUUUGUUGAAGACUAUGAAUUUUGUUUUAUUUAUUUAAUGCUCGCUACAGUGUGGCCAGUAGCCAAAGGGCAGCCGCCAUAUCCUUCUUCUUUUUUUUUUUUUGUAAUAUUUAUACAACAUCGUGGUACAGCACACUCGAAUGCCCAAGCUGUGUACAGACUUUUUCUACGUGUUCUGACAUCUUUUGGAAGGAAGUGUACAAAGACAUUUUUUCCAACUGGUAGUAUUUUUCUACAUUUGGAAAAUGAACAUUUUUUUAUCUUG